GAAAAAUGUGAUAGUUGAAUAAGAUGGGAUCCAACAAGAGCAUAGCGGUACAGAAUGUAAUAAUUUGUGAAUGAUUUUUUUUCUAAGGACGUGAAUAGAAGAGUUCUUAAGAAAGGCAAUGGCUUAAACAUCUUGUACAUUUGUGGCUCUUGAUUAUUACUGCUCCUUGAAGAUUGAUAAAUUUGAAAUUCAUCAGUUAAAAAAAUGGAAGAACUUGAUGAACCUGAUCAGUCUAUCUCAGGAAGGAGGCAAGAAAUUCGAAAAAGAAGACGCCCUAGCCAACCAAUGGUAGACAAAUCCUUGCAAACUGAAGUGAUAGAGAAAAAGAAAUCCAUGGCCACAGCACAGUCAUCUGUCCCCAAAGCAACCUUGAAUAUUGUUAGUAGUACUGUAAGCAAAGGCAACUACCCUGAGUGUCAUACAAUAUCUUGUCAACUUGAGCAAAGCUGGAAAAAGAGAAAACAUGGACAGGAAAUGGCUGAUAAAUCUCUGCAGACAGACACCAUCAUAAAAGAGGAAAAAGAAAUCAAUUUAGUUGAUAAAAAAGUGGUACCUGAAGAAAAGCCAGUUGGCCCUGGGGAAGCAGCCUCACUUCAGUCAAAAAUAGACAGAUCUCAGCAGACCAUUUGUACUGGAGACAUGCCGAACAUUCUCCUAGUAGAAAAAGUUGACAGAGAACAACAGACAUCCUUUGGUGAAAUUCAAGUAAUUGUUAAAUCUAGCUCAUUAACUCAGGACACCAAAAAAGAUACUCCAGUACUUUCAAAAGAUGGAUCUAGGCCAGAGGUAACCAUAUCUGUUGAAAAAGUUUGCUCUGUUCUAAAGAGGGCUUCUGCUGAAAUAGAGGCCCUACCAACAGAAGUACAGCCUCCCGCUGCUGGAGAGAUCCCUGAUGAAGUACAGCCUCCAGCUGCAGGAGAGGUCCCCACUGAAGUACAGCCCCCAGCUGCAAGAGAGGUCCCCUCUGAAGUAGAGCCUCCAGCUGCAGGAGAGGUCCCCUCUGAAAUAGAGCCUCCAGCUGCAGGAGAGGUCCCCUCUGAAGAACAGCCUCCAGCUGCAGGAGAGGUCCCCUCUGAAGAAGAGCCUCCAGCUUCAGGAGAGGUCCCCUCUGAAGUAGAGCCUCCAGCUUCAGGAGAGGUCCCCUCUGAAGUAGAGCCUCCAGCUGCAGGAGAGGUCCCCUCUGAAGAACAGCCUCCAGCUGCAGGAGAGGUCCCCUCUGAAGAAGAGCCUCCAGCUUCAGGAGAGGUCCCCUCUGAAGUAGAGCCUCCAGCUGCAGGAGAGGUCCCCUCUGAAGUACAGCCUCCAGCUGCAAGAGAGGUCCCCUCUGAAGAACAGCCUCCAGCUGCAGGAGAGGUCCCCUCUGAAGUAGAGCCUCCAGCUGCAGGAGAGGUCCCCUCUGAAGUACAGCCUCCAGCUGCAGGAGAGGUCCCCUCUGAAGUAGAGCCUCCAGCUGCAGGAGAGGUCCCCUCUGAAGUACAGCCUCCAGCUGCAAGAGAGGUCCCCUCUGAAGUGCAGCCUCCAGCUGCAGGAGAGGUCCCCUCUGAAGUACAUCCUCCAGCUGCAGGAGAGGUCCCCUCUGAAGUACAUCCUCCAGCUGCAGAAAAGGUCCCCUUUGAAGUACAGCCUCCAGCUGCAGGAGAGGUCCCCUCAGAAGUACAGCCUCCAGCUGCAGGAGAGGUCCCCUCUGAAGUAGAGCCUCCAGCUGCAGCAGAGGUCCCCUCUGAAGUACAUCUUCCAGCUGCAGAAAAGGUCCCCUCUGAAGAAGAGCCUCCAGUUGCAGGAGAGGUCCCCUCUGAAGUACAUCCUCCAGCUGCAGGAGAGGUCCCCUCUGAAGUAGAGCCUCCAGCUGCAGGAGAGGUCCCCUCAGAAGUACAGCCUCCAGCUGCAGGAGAGGUCCCCUCUGAAGUACAGCCUCCAGCUGCAGGAGAGGUCCCCUCAGAAGUACAGCCUCCAGCUGCAGGAGAGGUCCCCUUUGAAGUGCAGCCUCCAGCUGCAGGAGAGGUCCCCUCUGAAGUACAGCCUCCAGCUGCAGGAAAGGUCCCCUCUGAAGUACAGCCUCCAGCUGCAGGAGAGGUCCCCUCUGAAGUACAGCCUCCAGCUGCAGGAGAGGUCUCCUCUGAAGUACAGCCUCCAGCUGCAGGAGAGGUCCCCUCUGAAGUACAGCCUCCAGCUGCAGGAGAGGUCCCCUCUGAAGUACAGCCUCCAGCUGCAGGAGAGGUCCCCUCUGAAGUACAGCCUCCAGCUGCAGGAGAGGUCCCCUCUGAAGUACAGCUUCCAGCUGCAGGAGAAGUCCCCUCUCAAGUGCAGCCUCCAGCUGCAGGAGAAGUCCCCUCUGAAGUACAUCCUCCAGCUGCAGGAGAGGUCCCUGCUGAAGUACAGCCCCUACCAGCUGAAGAGGCCACAGCUAUAGCAGAACCCAGCUUUGCAGAGGGGACCUUGGCUAAGGCAGCCAUUACAACGGCAGAGGCCUCUGGUGACACGCGCGCUCCCUCAGCUAAAGAGCUGCCUUUAAUAGAGUCUUCACCAAUGGAAGAGUCUCUUUUAAGAAAACAUUAUGAUCAAGUGGGGCAUCCAUCAGCUGAAUUAGUUCUUUUAGAAGCUUUUCCUGAUGAAAUUCAGCUUCCACUGGCAGAAAAGCCUCAAGUUGAAGUAUUGCCCCCAAUAGUUGAAGAUGCCCAUGAAGAAAUUUUAACUGUAGUAGAGCCUACCAUGGUUGAAGAGACCCCUGCUAAAGUUCCAUCAGCUGAGGAGGGUCCUAUGAAAGAGGCCCCAGGUGAAUUUCAGUCUCCACCUGUUAAGGAGGCACCUGCAGAAGAGGUUCCUGCUCAGGAUCAGCCUCUACCAGGUAAGGAUUCUCCUCUAGAAAAGAAACCUGCUGAAGUUCAGUGUCUACCUACUGAAGAGGUUCUUUCAGAAGAGGCCCAUGCUGAAGUUCAUUCUCCAACAGCUCAUGAGGCUCCUACAGAAGAGGUCUCUGCUAGAAUUCACUAUCAACCAGCUAGGGAGGCUCCUUCAGAAGCAACCACUAUUGAGAUCCCUACACCUGCUCACAAAGCUCAUGCAGAAGAGAAUCUUGCUGAGAAUUUUGCAGAAGUAGCUCCUUCUCAAGUUCAAAGUCACCAAACUGAGAUGACCUCUGUUCAAGUUCAGCAUUCACCAUCUGAGGAACUUCCUGCAGAAGAGGACCCUGCUGGAGUCCAGUCUCCACCAGCUGACAAGGUGCCUGCAGAAGUGGCCCAUGCUGAAUUGAACUUUGCACCAGCUGAUGAGGCUCCUCCUCAAAAGGUAACUCAUAACUUUUGGUCUCCAAUAGCUGAAGUCUCUACAGAAGCCUAUUCUACAUCAAUUGAAGAGGCUUCUAUAGAAGACAUCAAAUCUGAAGUUGAGCAUCCACCAGCAUUGGCCUCUGAAAAAGAGGCCCUUUCGCUUUUGCAAUGAGGCUCCGACAGAAGAGAUCCCUUCUGAGGUUCAGCAACCACCAGCUUAGGAGGCUCCUGCAAAAGAGGUGUUUGCUGAAGUUUGAGCUCUACCAGUUGAGAUAGUCUAUUAAGAAGAGGCCCUUGCUGAUAAACAUGCUUUAUUAUCUGAUGUACUUUCUACUGAAGAAUUUCCUAUGCAAGAGAUGCAGGUUGAAAUUUUACUGCUAUUAUCUGAACAAGACCCUGCAUAUGAAGCUAUGGUAGAGAGUAUCUCUAGUGAAUCUCAGCCUCCUCAGGUAGCAGUUGCCUCAGACAAAGCAUUGGAUCAAUUAUUUUAAAAGAUGUUACAAAACUUGAAUAAAUGCUUCUCAUUCCUGAAGCUGUAUCUAAUUCUAAAAGCAAGCAGGUUUCUACUAUCAGAAUAGAUGAUGCCAUUCAAAUAAAAUAAAAAAAAAACUGCUGAGCUGACGUUGUUCCUAAUUAAACUAAUGGU